ACAAAUCUCUCUCCAUAGAGAGAGAAAGAAUAUCUCGCACUCUCUCUCCAGUCUCCACCAUCAUCAAGCGCUCUCUCUCUUGAGAAAGCACAAAAAAAACCAUCAUUAGCAACACACAAAUGGAGUCAACAAUCUUUUCUUCUUCUUGAUUUCUUGAAACCCCCGCACCCACAUAGAGAGUCGUAUCUAUAUCUAUAUAUUUACACUCUCUCACACAUCAAACAACUCCGAAGGGAGAAUUUUUCAUAGAGAAAGCAAGCCAUGACGACUCUCGAAGAGUCUUUGAAAUCUUUGUCUUUGGACUACUUGAAUCUUCUAAUCAACGGACAAGCCUUCUCGGAUGUCACUUUUACUGUGGAGGGUAGGCUGGUUCAUGCCCACAGGUGUAUUCUUGCAGCAAGGAGCCUAUUUUUCAGGAAAUUCUUUUGUGGGCCGGACCCUCCUUCUGGGCUUGACCCGGCUUCUCGGAUGAGCCCGGGAUCCACCGGUCAGACAGCUAGGUCUGGAGGAGGUGGCGGAGGAGGGGUGAUACCGGUGAAUUCUGUUGGGUACGAGGUGUUCUUGUUGUUGUUGCAGUUUUUGUAUAGUGGACAAGUCUCAGUUGUGCCACAAAAGCAUGAACCAAGGCCUAAUUGUGGUGAGAGAGGGUGCUGGCACACGCAUUGCUCUUCUGCCGUUGAUCUUGCCCUUGAAACUCUCUCUGCCGCUAGAUCAUUUGGGGUUGAACAGCUUGCAUUGCUCACUCAGAAACAAUUGGCUAGCAUGGUAGAGAAGGCAUCAAUUGAGGAUGUAAUGAAAGUUCUAAUAGCUUCAAGAAAGCAAGACUUGCAACAACUUUGGACUACUUGUUCCCACUUAGUAGCCAAAUCAGGCUUACCACCAGAAGUCCUAGCCAAACACCUUCCAAUUGAUGUGGUGGCCAAAAUUGAAGAGCUCCGAUUGAAAUCCUCCAUUUCUCGUCGUUCCUUAAUCCCCCAACACCAACACCACCACCACCAUGACCUCUCCGCAGCUGCUGACCUAGAAGACCAAAAGAUUCGUCGAAUGAGGCGUGCAUUGGACUCGUCGGAUGUGGAAUUAGUCAAGCUGAUGGUAAUGGGGGAAGGUCUAAAUCUUGAUGAGGCAUUGGCAUUGCAUUAUGCUGUGGAAAAUUGUAGCAGGGAAGUCGUUAAGGCAUUGCUUGAACUUGGUGCAGCUGAUGUUAAUUUCCCAGCCGGACCAGCUGGGAAAACCCCGCUCCACCUUGCAGCGGAGAUGGUGUCGCCGGACAUGGUAGCGGUGCUUCUUGAUCACCAUGCUGAUCCUAAUGUUCGGACAGUCGAUGGAGUCACACCACUUGUUAUUCUUAGAACCCUAACUUCUGAUUUCUUGUUCAAAGGGGCCGUUCCGGGAUUGAAUCACAUUGAGCCUAACAAGCUCAGGCUGUGUUUGGAGCUUGUACAAUCAGCUGCAUUGGUGCUUUCUCGCGAAGAAGGAAGCGUAAAUGCGCCUUCUCCGACUCCUAUUUAUCCACCAAUGAGUACUGAUGAUCAACAUAAUAGUGGUAGCAGUGGUAGUCUUGGUAAUCUUAAUUUGGUCUACUUGAAUCUUGGAGCGGCUGGUUCGAGUCAAAUGGGUGGAGGAGAUGGUGAUCAUAGUAGUAACAAUAGCCAGAGAGAAGCAAUGAACCGCCACGAUCCGACAGCGUACCACCAUCACCACCACCACCACCAGUCUCAUGAUCAUCACUACUAGAUAAUUAAACUCCUCUCUAAUCUCUAUAUUACUUUUUUCGUCUCUCUCUCUCUCUCUCUAUAUAUAUAUAUAUAUAUAUAUAAUUUUAAAAAAAUAUUAGAGUAGUACUAUUGCAUGAAGAAACUUUUUGUGGAGAUCAUUGGAUUAUAUAGAUCUUCUUUCUUAUCAAUCCUCUGUCAUUUGUGGUUUUAUUUUUUUUACUAUAGCUAGUUGUGUGUGGGUGUGAUGGGAUGAUGAUGAGACAAGGAGAAUCUGAGAUUUUGCACUAAUUGUCGUGGAGAGAGGGCAGGAGGUCAAUCUUUUCAAACACCCGCCCUGUCAACUUUUGUAUUUAUUGAUACUAUCUAAUUUAUCAUACUCUCCUACUACAGGCCCCCCCCACCCUACCCUUAACCCACCAUCUAUACGUACCACUCCAGUCAUCACACACACACAUAUAUGUAUAUACAACCACCAACAUGUAUAUAUACAUCCACCAAGAAUCAUUUAUUUUUAUAUGAUAGUAUAUGUCAAGAGGUUAUAAAGUUUUGGUUUCUAAUGGGUGGUGGGUUUGUUUUUAUUCUUUUUAUUUUUUGGAUUUUUCUGAGGCUUUGUUUGGACAUGGGUAUAUAUAUGUGUGUGUGUGUGUUACAUAUCCCCUUGUCCAUUUGUCCUUUAUUGCAUUUGAUGGGUUUUGGUAGAAAUAUUAAUCUUGA